CCCCCGACCUCCCGUCUCUCCCAUCGCGAACCAAGUCGCCCUCGCUGGGCCAGCCCGUCCUGUCCGAGCAGCCGGACUCGCCCACCAAGAGCCUGGCCGACUUCGCGACCUUUGAAAUCCCCUCCUUCAGCACCGACCUCGAUCUCAAGCUCGACAUCUCUCUCCCUCCUCUUACCCUCGAGAGCCAGCCACCCCCUUCCCCCGACUCCAAGAAUGACGACCCAGAACCCCCUUCUUCACCGACAGCCCUGCAGCAGCCGCGCACAAGGUCUGCACCUUCUAACAACGACGAGCCUCGUCCGUGGCUGCGCAGCUUAGAGACGAUUCGAGAUGCACCGUUCGAGGACGGCUUCAAAUUCCCGGCGGCUGCUGCUGCUACUGCUGCUGUUCCGCCGUCCAGCGAGCAGAGGCGGCCCGCCACAGCCAACGAGUUCCCAGUCGCCGUCGAGGACGCAGAUGGCCGAGCUGCCCGGGACCGCUCGCAGUCGACAUCGAUUUCGGGCUCGACAGCCGCCAGCUUCGCCAGCUUCAAGAGGUCGUGGAUGCCGCUGUCGCGCGCGCAUGCCAAAACCCAAUCACAGGCGCCGGCGGCUGCAAACGCGAAGCCAGAAGUGAAAUCGAGCCUUGACAAGCUGAAACGGGCUGCGACAGCCAGCAUCACGGAGAUUACGACCAAUCAGACGAGCCAAGGCCGCUUAGUCGACGCGGGUGCUAAGCCGGCGAGCAAGGGAUUCGCUCGUGCCACCAGCUACUUCUCCAGAAUCAAGCAGAAGCCCGCGACCGCGCUGUCCAAAGCAACAGCCGACAGCAUCGACUCCGACUUUAGCUGCGCCUCGUCUGCCACCAGCCUGGCCCAGCCGGGCUCCAGCAGCAUCGACACGCAUGUCUCGCAGUCGGCCUCCUCCGCCGAGACAAACUCCACGGCCCUGACCGCUGAUGAGUCGGCCGGCGAAAUGCCCGCGCGCAUGCCCGAUCCGCUGUGGUCGCACUUCAAGAACCUCGACCUGGAGAUCCGCGGCUUCGCAGCCAAGCCCGUCGCCCAGCAGUGCGCUCUGGUCAAGACGCUGCUUCUGCCCUUUUUGAAGAGCGCCACCAGCCAGCAGCCGCUGGGCUGCCUGCGCCCCGAGGAUGUCGACUGCAGGGCCUCCGUCCUCAACAAGUGGUGGAGCGCCGUGCUCGACAUGCUCGAGGUGCAGCACCAGCAGCCGGUCCCGGGCCUUGACCGCCAGCUGCUCUUCGAGACGGC